AUUAGGAUUGGCGAUCGGGCUAGUGAUUGCCAAAUCCAGUGCUCGGAACUGCCACGGGAUGAGCAAGCGAAACGAGAGUGCAUCGAGGAAAUCUAUCCUACACGAAGGCGGGAAAAUCAACCGCGCGCCUACUUCGGCUUCAUCUGUUAGGAGCGCAAGAGCGCGCUCCCAGCGAAGAUGAGAUUGCGUCGCUAUCGAGUCUUCCCCUAUGGCGAAGAUGAUAUCGUGGGCCCGGCCUCAUAUCAGGAGACUCUCUCCUUCAACCUCAAGUCGCAUGACAGUAAUUCAAUACAACACCCGACUGAGGGAGCUGAUCAAGACGGGUUAUUUGGGUGAUGCUCGCUCACUGUUCGACAGUAUGCCUCGCAGAGACGAGAUAUCUUGGACCACCCUGAUUUCUGGGUAUGUUGGCGCCAUGGAUAUCUCCGAAGCUUUUGCUUUGUUCUCCGUUAUGCGCGUUCAGCCAGCGCUCCGCGUAGAUCAUUUCGUGCUCAGCCUUUUGCUCAAGGCUUGCACGCUCGUUAUGAACCCGAAUCUUGGCGAGUCAGUACAUGGGUAUGCCAUCAAAACGGGGGAGGCAAACUCGCUCUACGUAGGAAGUGCCCUUCUUGACAUGUACACAAAAGCCGGCAGAAUCGAGCUGGGUUAUAGAAUAUUUGAUGAGAUGCCACUGAAGAAUGUUAUUUCUUGGACUGCUCUGAUAAAUGGACUUAUUAGCUGUGGCCACUGUAGGGAGGCGGUGUCCUGCUUCGCCGAGAUGUGCAAGUCAGAAGUGCAAUGUAACGGGCACACAUUUGCUAUUAUUUUGAAGGCAUGCGCUGAUCUUGAUGCUUUGAGCUGUGGGAGGGAGAUACAUACACAGAUAAUCAAGAAAGGAUUUGAUGCGAGCUCAUUUGUGGCUAAUUCACUUGCCACAAUGUACAACAAGUGUCGGAAGUUUGACAAUGCUGUGCACUUACUUGAAAGGAUGGCCACGCAGGAUGUAGUGUCAUGGACGACUAUAAUCACAACAUACAUUCAGAUGGGUAUGGAAGAAUCUGCAUUUGAAGCAUUUUUAAGGAUGAAAAGAUCUGAUGCCACUCCUGAUGAAUACACAUAUGGAGCAGUUAUCUCUGCAUGUGCUAGUCUUUCAAGGACUAAAUGUGGGGAACAAUUACAUGCUCAAGUUCUGUGCAAAGGUCUUUCAAAUUCCUUGCCAGUGGCAAACUCCAUAAUCAGCAUGUAUUCAAAACUCGGCCAGUUAUCUUCAGCACUAACUAUUUUUCACGAAAUCACCAAGAGAGACAUUGUUUCGUGGAAUACUAUAGUCACUGGGUAUUCUCAAGAAGGUUGCGGUGAGGAAGCUUUUGAGCUUCUGUCGUGGAUAAGGAUUGAAGGACUCACGCCCACUGAGUCAACUCUUGCAGUUGUUCUUACCGUGUGCAGUAAUAUGGCUAUUCUCAAGCAAGGGAUGCAACUUCAUGCUCUUGUCCUGUCCUUGGGUCUAGAACAGGCACCUACGAUACAAAGUGCUUUGAUUAAUAUGUAUGCCAAGUGUGGGAGUAUAAAAGAAGCAUAUAAAAUCUUUGAUGCGGCAACAAAGUAUGAUAUUGUGGUGUGGACAACAAUGAUUAAUGGAUAUGCAGAACAUGGUUACAGCCAUGAAGCAAUUGAUUUGUUUGAGAAGCUGGCUAGUGUUGGGUUAAGACCAGAUCCCGUGACGUAUAUUGGCAUUCUUACUGCAUGUAGUCAUGCUGGACUAAUCGAUCUCGGUUUUAACUAUUUUGAUUCAAUGAGCAGGGAACAACGAAUUAAUCCCUCAAGAGAACACUAUGGCUGCAUGAUUGAUCUUCUCUGCCGAGCUGGAAGGUUGGACGAGGCAGAACACAUGAUCAAAAGAAUGCCAUAUGAACACAAUGAUGUUGUCUGGUCAACUUUGUUGAGAGCAUGUAACAUCAAUGGUGAUGUGGACCGUGGAAGGCGAAUCGCUGAGCAUAUUCUUGAGUUAGACCCAAAUUGUGCAGGAACUCACAUUGCCCUGGCUACUGUCUACUCUGCCAAGGAGCGGUGGACUGACGCAGAGGAAAUGAGAAAAAUGAUGAAGUCAAAAGGAGUAACUAAAGAGCCUGGAUGGUCUUGGAUUAUGGUUAAGGACUGUGUGUCCACAUUUGCGGCAGGUGACCAGUCUCAUUCGCAUAGUGAGGAACUAUAUGGUGUUCUGAAUUUUCUUUGCUCGCAAGAAACUUCUGUUCAGGAUGUGGUUUCACUCGUGUAUGAUAUUGAGGACUGAAGAGUAGCGUCCUUACAUUGUUCUGUUUGGAUUUAUCUUAAUUAUUCUCGUUAAUUAGCAGAGUCGGCCGUAGAAAA